GGUUGAUGCGCAAUGGGACUUUAUGAACCAUUAACAAAUGGGCAAUAAUUGCAUGAAAUGAGUUGCCGAUUUGAGUAUAAUCUCCUGAAAAAACAAAUGCUCCUCUUAAGGCCAGGUUUGGUUUAGUUCCACUCCAACUGGUAUGCAAUCAUCCAUACCUUUACCAGAAGGUAUUCAUCCGUUCAAUGUAAUGGUUAAUGACUCAGCCGCCCAAACAGGAUCGUCAUUGGAUCAAUAAGUCAAAGGGCUCAGGGCUCUGAUAGUAAUGCCAUGGUCAUCCGAUCCACCUAAUGAAUCAUAUGGCCUUUGACCCAUUCUCAAUCGUGUCGUGGUGGGGUUAUUAACAAGUUUUAACACGUUUAAGAGAAGAUAAUGAUGAUGUAGAAAAGAUAAUGAUGAUGUUGGGGAAAUGCAUUGGAAUGAUCAACAAGCUCCAAUAUUCUUUCCUUUCCUUGACAUUUCUGGGAUAGGAAGCAGAAGAAAAGUUCGAUGCCCUCACGAGUCACGACGUCACAAGGAGAGUUGGGGUAGAGGGCGAGGGCCCUUUUUUCACGACGUCACAGAAAGCCUUUCUUCGCCUGAUUGAGUUGCCCAGAAAUUUGCAUGAACAAGGUUUGUUCGCCUUACUUUGAUCCCGAGUUUGACGAGCUCCCAGAGAGAAUAUUCGGCCCAACUUGCAGGGUCUGCAUCGACAAUGAGAGCUUGGAAGAUUGCACACUGGUCAAAGUGAACAGCAUAAACAAGCAGGGCAUUCUCCUGGAAGUGGUGAAAGUGUUAACAGAAAUGAAUCUCACCAUCUCCAAGAGCUACAUUUCAUCUGAUGCAGGAUGGUUCAUGUUUGUUUUUCACGUUAAGGAUGAGCAUGGCAACAAACUCACGGAUCAGAGAGUCAUUAACUAUAUCCAGCAGGCUAUAGGGACAACUAGGGAGAUCCCAAACUCCCUGACCUAUGUCAACAACGUUAUAGAAUCCGAACCUGCGAGCGAGCACACAGCCAUUGAAAUGAGUGGAGCAGACAGGCCAGGUCUGUUUUCUGAAAUAUCGGCUGCUCUAGCUGAUCUCCAGGUCAACAUUGUGGAAGCUCAUGCAUGGACCCACAAUGAACGCCUGGCUUGUGUCGCCUACAUUACUGAUCAAUCAACGGACAGCCGAAUUGAAGAUCCCCAUCGCCUUGCCAAAAUCGAAAAACACCUUGCCACAGUGCUUGGGGCAGCCAAUAUCAGCCGCACCAACCAUCAAGAAGUCAAAGGCGCUGAUCUCCAUGUAGGGGAUGCCACCACCACCUGUGCGGAACGCCGGCUGCAUCAGCUCAUGCUUUCCGUCGAGGAUUUCGAAGGGCCGUCUGCGCCCACAACAAGUUCAUCGGAGACGCCAUUGGGAUUGGACGAAGAUGAUGAUGAAGGAAGCAAAGCAAUUGUGUCCAUUGAGAGCUGCAACGAAAGGGGCUACUCCAUUGUGAGCAUAGAAUGCAAGGAUCGGCAGAGGCUCAUGUUCGACGUAGUCUGCACGAUUACUGAUAUGCAGUACCUGAUUUUCCAUGGUUCCACAGCUUCCCAUGGAGGUUAUGCAAUGCAGGAGUACUUCAUCAGACAUAUAGAUGGGUGCAUUGUAAACAGUGAAGGUGAAAAGGAACAUGUUGUGAAAUGCCUAGAGGCUGCUAUAGAGCGUCGAGUCUGUGAGGGGGUCCGGCUGGAGCUAUGUGCAAAUAAUAGGUUGGGGCUGCUGUCUGAUAUAACUCGGGUUCUGCGAGAGAACGGGCUUGCCGUAGUUCGGGCAGAUGUGGAAACGCAGGGAGAGAAAGCGGUGAAUGCUUUCUACGUGAAAGACCUUUCAGGCAAUGAUGUAGACACGGAGUUCACAGAGCCAAAGAAGAAAGAGAAGUUCAUAGAGUCAGUGAAGAAAGAGAUGGGUCCAAUAGAUCUUGCAGUGAAGAAAGAGAUAACAUCAAGCCCUAGCUCUCCUGAUCAUAGGCCCCGCUUCUCUGUUGCAGACAUGGUGAAAUCUCAUGUUGAUCGCCUGUCCAACAAUUUCAUUCCCAUCAAGAACUGAUGAGUACUGUAAAUAUGAAGUGAAUUAGCAGGGAGUGGGAUUGUACCCUAAAAUAAACUCAUCAGGAAUGUAAAGGGGUAGGGUUAUCCAAAUUGUACAGAUGCCAGACUUUUAGGUCUAGGGCAUGGAUUGUACAAAUAAAAUUUGUUCCCACUAGGUUCAUUUUUUGUACUUUCUUUGGUAGGUUUAUGUUCUCAUUUGUCCCUAGGUUGUAAAUAUGAAGAAUAAUAUCAUCUUAGAAUAAUCAGCGUGCCAAA